AUGCCCCACUCUGCUGAUAUCCCAGAGCCUUCAAGGGACUCCAUUGCCAACUUGAACACUCGCAUUCUUCACAACCAAAGGAUUCUGUCCUCACAAAAUGCCCUGGUUUCCAAACAAGUAAAAAAGGUGGUGCUGUUUGAUGACGAUGACAAGGGUUCCAAUUACAAUGAGAAUGAGAAUGAUGAUGAGAUGGAGAGCUUGAGUGACUCCUGUGAUGAUGAUGAUGCACACACUCACAAUGCUCAGACUGUUUCUUGUGCCCAGUCCCUGCUUCCCCUGUCCUCACCACCCACAUACAAGUCUGAUGACUCCACCCAUCCUGUAGGGGACAUUGUCCAUCCUCACCAAGAAGGUGGCCUGAUCUAUACUAGACUUCAGAAGAAGGGCAAAGGUAGGGCUAUAGAUGCUGAGGACAUUGAUGCUGCAAACCACAGUGACCAUGACACCCAACUCCCAAACCUCAAGAAGCUGGGGAAUCUGUCCACAGCAGCAUUAGAUGAAAUAUGUGCUUUUGUGAAGGACAUCAAGAUGACAGCAGAAGAACUUGGCUGGCAGUGCAGGCGGUCUACAUGUGACAUACUUGUCACUGCAGGAUUUAGUGUUAAGGCUUCUCAUACCAAAAUUAAUGAGGCCAACCUCUUCUGCUCGUGGUAUUGGGCCACACAGCCCAAACCAGAUGGUGGCAUCCCAAAGGAUGACUUCAUGGCAAGGAGGGAAAAGUUAAAAGCCAUCUAUGAGUGGACUAGAGUGGACAAUGCAAAGACACAAUUUUCUGGAUUGGCAGAGGUGUGGUCCAAUCUCGAGGAUAUUGAGAUAGUUGGAGCAGUAAUGUAUGUUGGACAGGACCCUGCAGGACAUCAAACUUCUGGUGUAUUUGGAGGCUCUGAGAUGAUAAGAAACUUCAUCAAUGAAAAUGGCAUUGAUGUCUGGUCACUCAUGGAUAAGUAUACUGCAAUUUUCAAGUGUCUCAGGAACAGUGACAGUGUGGAUGCCAGGGUGGCUGGCACUGGUUCCACUGGAGAUGUGGGUUCUGUGCUGGAACUACAUUGCCAUACAAAGGAGACUCCAAGAGACCACAACUGCAGAGUAUUUGGAAGCACGAUGAAGGAGAAGAUGUUGGCUGCAUUGAGAGAUCUGUGUGUCACACAUGGCAUUAAAGUCAGCAAUCCCCAGAAAGUUUCCUGGUACCAGCUUCUCCAGUUUUUGUGGAGGAGCCACCUCACUAUUGUCAACUGGCCCCAUGGUGUAUCUCCACCAGGCCCUGGUUUCAAGUACAAGAAACUUAAGGCUGGCCCUCUUUGCAAACUGAUGAUCAGGAAGAACAAGAUAGUCUGGAUGAUGUGCUGGAAAUUGGGAUUAAGUGCUGGAACAAAGGUAUUCCCUAUUUUAUUCAUCCAGUUGGAUGCUGACCCUUUGAAGGGUGAGAUCACACUCAUCAAAUCUACUGAUGGUACUGUUUUGCAGCAGAUCUCAGAUGAUCCAGAGUGGCAGAAGUCCCUCAAGGAAACAGAUCACCAGCAGCAAGGCAUCGAGGAUUCUUGGGGUGACCAUAUGAACUAUCAUGAUCCUGGUGCAUCUAAUAUCCCAUAUCAUGUGUUACCUUCUGGCCACCACACUCAAUUUCCUCUGUCUUGCCAAGGAUUCCAUUGCAUUCUGUCUCGAACCAACCAUCCUUACUACAAUGGUCCAUAUACCGAUGACUACUACCCUCCAACCCAGUUAGGUGAACCUCAUUGGGUUAACAGGGGUAAUGCUGCACAAUAUGAGGAUGACUUCACUGAGGAGUAUAUAAAUGAAGAUUACUACUAG